AUGUCGACAGGGACUCUUUUGUUAGAGUGCACGGAGUUCUAUAAUAUUCUCAACCAGGUAUGGAUGUGAAUUCUUCUCAGUCUCGAAGCAGUAACAGGCGCACUUUGUUUCAAAAAGUAAGCUAAUUACUUUAUAGGGCAUAAUUAGGGCGUAAAGGUUUGAUGUCACUGUAUUUCAGGCAGGAAGGUACCCGAGGCUGAGUGAUCCGAACUAUUUACUCCUUUUAGGUAAGAAAGCUAAGCAAUAGAUCUAUGAACGAAAUAAAAAAAAAAAGUGCCGUGUGCAUUGUUGAGUUACAGAGACAUGAGUGAUCUUUUUAAGAACACGAUCCCAAGUGCUUCUAUAACUCAAUAGUGCACGAGGACUGAUGUUAUUUCUUUUGUAAACCACAUAGGUGGCGGAGCAGAGGUGUAGGAGGCGCCACCAGGCCCCCCCCCAGGAAAAAUUUUUUUGGGGGAUGAAAAUUGACAGAGUAUUUAACAACAAGGAGUAAAACAACAAGGAACCAAGGAGUAAAUUGUAUCUAAAAAGAUUAUUGAUUUUUUAGAUGAAUUGGCUAAAGCAACAGUUUCUUUCUCAAAAUCAACAAUUAGAAUCAGAAAUUGUAAAAGGGGAGAAAUUAUAAUUUCAGGGAGACCAUAAAAAUGAAUUCAUUUGCUUGAGUCCCAUACUUAGUGGAGACUUGAGAGCUCUGUAUGGUUGCCACAGGGUAGGAAAAAGUCAUGAAUUUCACUUUGAGUCAGGGAAAUUUUGCAUCUUUGAAAUUUGUUAUGAAGAAGUAAAAUCUCAAGUAAAUCUUGUCCAAGACCUAUUUGGGAUGAAACAUGCCAACAGUUUUUGACUGUUAUAGAUUCCUAACAAGCAUAUUGAAGUCAAACCACAUCAUACAAUGUAUUUUGGGAAGGACAUGAUAACAGAGCUUAAGAGUCACUGCUCUUUAACGAUAAGUACAACUUUUUCACCCUGGUAGGUCAUUGAUACAGGAUACAGGAGUUGGAACAAUAGGCACUUCUUCCAUAUCUACCUGUAAAUUCUUGUUUAGAGAUCAUCAGUCAAAACUUAAAGUGAAGGACAAUGCAGUGUUUCAUUAAGUGGCUAAUGUUGUACAUAUGAUGUUUUGCAGAUACCAGACAAAUGCAUGACUACAGUGAAAGCCAUAUCAUAACAGCAAAGUUUGCACCAAGGGUUAGCAUUAAAUAUCCGCGGUAUUAUCUUUAAAUUUAUGCAAUAAUUUUGUUUUGAGUGCAUGGUUUAUGGUUAAUUGCAAAAGAGAAACAUGGGUUGAAUCAAUAGGCUAUUUUACAGUUGUGUACUUGGUUGCCAAGCCUUUGAUUUGGAGUGAGGCUGAAGGUGACCUUGUUGGGAUAGAGACCAGUAUCAGGUUUACAUAAUAACAAGGUAAUUAACUUUUGCAAAGCAAUGAGGUUUGUAAUAACAAAGUCACCCUUAGCCUCACUCCUGUUAAAAAGGCUUGGCAACCAAGCACUCAACUGUGAAAUGGACUAUUGUAACCGGGUAUCAAAUUUGGGGAUGGAGUUGGGGUGGGGUGGCAUCCACUGUGUUUUGGAUCUUUUCAGUGCAAUGGUUUCAUUUGGAUUGGUGAAUGUUUCUGAUAUAGAUAUCACACAGUUUUCAAAGAGAGAGAAAACAGGAACAUUAGGCUAGAAAGGUGCAGGGUUGUUCAAAAUCUUUCUAAUGAUUGAGGUCAAACUGCAAAAGCCACAGGAACUAAACUUACUGUAGGUGGUUGCUACAUUAUUGAGGCAGUUUACAGUUGGAAAUGCAUGAUUGCUAGCAUUCGUCCUGGACAUUUAUUUCCUACAUGUAAGAUGAUGAUAUAAUGUUUUCAUUUUGAGUUUUAUAAUACCAUAUUUUUCAUUUCCUCAUACAGUAGGCUUAGUUGUAAAUAUGUUUUAAAACAAUAAACUGGUGGACAAAAAUGAAAAUAUGCAUUUAGCAUUUGCUUAUCCAUAUCACUAUUUUACUGUGAGGUGUAUUCUCUGUACUUUUCACCACAAUCUAGAAUGACAUCGGUGCUUUCCUAGUUCCUCAUGAGGCUGAACUGCAGACCAAGGAACAUGUGGUUAUUUAUGACAGUAACACCAGUUCCCUCAAAGACAAAAGUGAGUUUUUUGACCUUAUUGUUUUUCAUUUGACUUGCAAGGCUUUUUGUCAGUAGCUUUUCUGAUCCCUUUUAGAUUAAGCAAGUCUAACUUUACUUGAGAUUCAAGUUGUUGAUCUUGAAUCAGUGUUUUUCAUCGUAUGUGUUAUAUGUUAUGUGUCAGACAGCACAGCACUGUCAUGUGCCAAGCUAAUGUGGGAUAUGGGAAGCAAGAAUCCUGUCAAAGUUAUUAAAGGUAGUCAUUAAUUUGCUGUAUUUAAUUCUUACGUCAUUUUAUCAAAUAAAGUCAUAGCAAUGCAUAAAAAUAUGCUACAGUAUUUCAUUGUAGUACACAGAAGAAAUAUAGAGCAAGAAGAUGGCAGCACUGAUCAAUCCAAACUUUGAAUUUUUUUUUAUUUUUUUAGGAAACGAAAGUGGUCACAAUGAACACUUUAAUGGUUUCGCUUGUGUUUUUUUGUCUUUUUGCAUAUUCCUCGUACAAUUGAUUUGAUGCUCAAAUAGGGCUGUAGGAUGUAUUUUGCAAACUUUAAUUAAUUAAAAACACUAAAAAUUGAAAGAAAAAAUCCCUUAUCUGAUGGUUUAAGGUAUAAUACUUCGCAAUGUUUCACUCAUUUCCCUUAUUUUUCUCUUGCCUCUUCAGGGCUUGGAAAAUACCAUGAAACUUUCAAACUAUCUGUGCUAAUUAUACGUUAAACCAUCGAAUAGGUGGAUAUGAAUAAUGGUUUUAAUUGUCACUGAUAUCUGUUAUGUUAGUGUAUAUAGUUAUAAUUUUACUUAUGUUGUUAUUCACAUAACAAUAUAUAUUAUUCAUUUCUGGGUAAAGAAUAUUUUCUCAACAAAGUUUGAUUGCCAGAGUACCAUUUACUUCAUUUUAAAGUCUUCUUCAUCUUUUAUAAAAAUUCAAGAUACUGUGUUACACAUAUAUAAUUGUCCAAAAGCUAUCGGUAAGGACAAAUAUCAUUAUGAUAGAACACUGAUUAAAAUCUGAUUUCAAACAUUUCCAUAAAUCUUUAAUUAUUUCAUACAUUUUCUUUAGGUGGAUAUGAAGACUUUUCAGCACUGUACCCAUUCUUACGAACACAGAAGAUCAUAUACAUGGCAAGGGUAAGUUUGAAUAAUGACUUUACAGCCACUUAAGAAACAAUUUCUUCCAUCUACCUUGGCUAGAAGAAGUACCCCUCUUAAAUUCUAACAUCAGAAUAUACUUAUGCAGUUCAAUGGGGUUGUGUGUGUGUGGAUCAAUUGAUCCUGCGACAGUGAAGGUGUAGUACGAACUGAUGAAAAUUCUGGGCUCUCUCCCCACUGACCUAGGUUUGAUUCUAUUGUGUUUAAGUAAAGAACAACAUUUUAAAAGAAGGUGAAAAUACUUUAAUCACUAAAUAAGCAACUACUAACCUACUUAACUUAACCUAACCUAGAUAACAUGGACAACUGAAUAUACUUAUACUGCUACUUACAUAACAUUAUGUGAUGAAAGGUGAUCACAAUAAACUCUUCACAAGUUAACAAUACAUAAUCAGUACUUAAAGUUUGGGGUCAAUUGGUAUUUGCAAUCAACACAACAGAUUUCUGUCCAUAAGUGUUAGAUGUGAGUUGAAGUUGCUGUUGCUUCUUCUUGUUGCCCUGAGGAGUUUUUCUCCAGCUUUGUAAGUUACAGUUUGAUCUAUAAAAUAGUAGAUGAUGGGUCACUGCUAAAAUGCUACAUAUCUAGUACUUCUUUACUUUAUAUAGUCAUUUGGUAACCUAACAUUAUAGAAAACUGGAACUCAUGGACAAGUGUAUCACAGCAUUAGGAGAGUUUAUGCAUAGUAGAAGUGCCCUGUCUGUCACUUUCCAAGGACAACUACAACAACACCUUCAUUCAAUUUAGCAAAUACUAACCUACUAAAAAGUUUGGAUUAAACACAAAGCAACAAGCUACUCCUAGGAACUGACCAUGGAAAGCUGGUUUACUUACUUAGAACAGACUUCUCUAAACAGAAUUGGCACCUCACAGAGCACUCAUUCAUGACAUUAUGUGCUGAUCAAGUAGAAACUUCAAUAUCUGCUCCCCCCCUGCCGCCUUGGUAACUCACAGGCAUUUGACUGCAUCUGUGUAGGGGGUUGGGGAAUUUGAACUUUGCCUGGCUGGGGUGGAGAAUUUGAACCAGAAGUGUCAAAUGUUUUCAGAAGAAUAGAGUAAAGUAUUUUUCUCUUUACAUAUGUGGAUAUAGCAAAGGGGAGUCCUGAUCCCAGUCAUGCACAUAUUUAGAAAAAUUCACUCAUCAGGUAUGCUUUAAACACCAUUUCAGGUGUCCUGAAUUUAAGAGGGAAAACUUCAAUCACUCCUCUUGUGUAUAAGGUUUCAAGGAAAUAUUGAGGUUUUCACUAAAUGGAAGAAAAAAUUCAUGGGUAACAUAUACUUUGGGAGGCAAAUCAGGACUCAUGCUGGUUCAUUAAGUCAUGAAUCAUGCUCACCUUUCUUUAAAAUUUACAUGUCACAUAUUGAUUUUGGCCUUGAUCAUUCGCCAGUGAUCCAAUGUUCCUGAUGGAUUAAAGCUUAAACUGAGUAACUUAAGUUAAUAGUCAUCAUUUCAACAAAUUGAACAAGACACACAGGGAGUAGCGGCUUGUAUAGCUGCUGGUUUUGCGUGAGCUUUAAAGUGUAAGCCACAUUGUCAUGGACAGAAAGUGGAAAGCAAAGGCAUAAGGGGUUUGAGAGGGGAAAUAGAAAUCCCCCAUAAUUUCAUUAUAGGCAGUUUACUCCACUUGCAGGCUUCAUCUCUAAUCACUUUGCAAACAGCUGCCUAUGCACACUACUCAGUUUGUUGGGACUCAUUAGGCACUUUUGCCAAAAAUCCUUUUUAGGACUGAUAUCAUUUGGAUGAUCAGACUAUUCAAUCAUUAUUGUAAUUGUUACUUUGGGUUUGCUAGAAAGUAAUGAUGGAACUAUAGAUCAAGAGCAUGUGGGUAGGAAAGUUUGUGGGAAGGAUUUUAGGAAGUUUCUUGCUAACACUAUAUUCUGUACUAUUUUUAGGAACUGGAUGUGAUUGAUACAUAUCCAGUGGAGGUUAUACCAGGCUUUCUAUAUUUAUCAACAUUCCAACAAUCCCAAGACAAAAAAAUUAUCAAGGAUCUCAAAGUGAAGGCAAAUGUGAUUGUGGCAAAAGAAACUGAUACAAUGUAAGUAUACAUAUGAUGCAAUGGCCCACGACAAGCAUAAAAUUAAUGUGGUUUUAAAUGAGAGCUGUACAAGUGAUUCAGAUUUAGAAUAAUCUCUCAUUAUUUUCAUCAACUCUGCAUUAUUAUCCCAAAGCUACAGUAAGAGGAAUUAGCUUAGUCUCCAAAUGAUUUAUUACUUAUAAAUUUAUGAGGUUUUUUUUUUAACUUACAUAGGGCAGGCUAAGCACCUCAUCAUUUUGAUUGGUUUGUUUAAAGGUGCUUAAAAUGGACUGGAUUGUUCCAUGUAACGUAUGUUUUACGUUUGUAGAAAUACAGUGUACAUGCUCAUGACCUUUCUGAUGGCUGCAAAGUAAAACAGUGACAUGUAAAUGACUUUUGUUCAUUGAAUGAUAAAACAGUUUUCAGAGAAUAUCUUUUAGUGUGAAUAAUCCUAUCAAGCCAACCAAACUACAAAUGUAAAUAAUGUGAGCAAAAAAUACCAACUGUAAGCUUUCAUGAGCAAAAUCUGUAGAACAUUGAUAUAGCAGAGUAACUUGAAGCUCAGCAUCCUGUCAAAUUCUGUGAUGAAGAGAAAAGGAGCAAAAUUUGACACUUGUCUCGUUAAAAGAAAGCCACUCAAUACUAUGUCCUCUUAAUUACCAAAAUUUCACUCGAGAUCUCAAUGAAUCAUCACCAAUUCAAAAGCUUCGUAAUAUAUCAGUGUGAUUUAACGUCUCACAUCUCACCAGUAGACCUCGUUAGUUUGUUGUUUGUUGCCUUACUAUAGAUCAUGUUAUCAAGGAAUCAUUUCCUUUGUGAAUUGGUCAUUUUAGUUUUGAUGCAGCCUUGAUUUCCAUCAAGAGAGAGCGUCAAACCACUCAGGGGGCAUGAAGUGAUAGGAAACUAGGAUACGCCUCCAAAAUGGUCCACCUCUAAUUUUUCAUAAAAACAGUUCCAGCUGUUCAAGCUAAUAAAGAAGUAGAUAUUUUUUCAGUUUCCUACUUCUCUGGCGAAAAAUGAAGACUCGUUUAGACUAGCAUGAGUAGAAAAAAUUGAUACGUAUGAUUUUCAAAUCUUGGUACGAUUUCAAGUGGCCACUUAUCUCUCGAGGUUUUCCUUCAUGAGGUCAAGACUGAGGAACGAAUCAAUGCAGUAACAUUUUCAUCUUGAUGACGAAAAUAUUGUUAUCAAGACUUUUAGAGCAGACUCUGGGGAAGAUAUUAAGUUUUAUCUCACUCAUCAACCCUAACACUUUCGAAAAAUCCUUGAAAAAUAGCAACACUAAUGGAUAGCAAAGUUUUGUAUGUCUAUGUUUUUCAUCAUGGAUAUCGUUUGCUCUCCUCCAUUACAAUACGGUUUUCAAGAUGAUAUCUCUCCGUUUUCAGUCAUUAUUCUCGACUUGCUUUGCAGACGGUACACAAUGUUAAAAAAGCUUGACGAGUCAUUUAACACAAGUUGAAAAAAAUUUCAAAAAGAAUCCAAAUUUAAAUAAUGGUCUAGAUUUUUCGAAUUUAUAGUUGCAACAAGAACGCCCCAGCUUUCUUCUUGAAUUUGGUUAAAUUGCUCUGCUUUAAACGUUUAUUAACGCUGUUCUUAGUAAUAAUGAAGCGCGAGUGUCUUUCUGUAACUAACGCUACUUAUACUAUUCUCAUUUCAGUAGAGGUAACACACAGUAUCAAUGGUUUAUAAGGCCGUUAUUUUUUAUGCUAAUUAACCAAUUUUUUCGCAUAAAAGACUGGAAAAAAUACAGAGAAAGAAUCAGGGAAUUUUAUUUUUUUUCUUCGGCAUAAUUUCGCUGUUCUUAGUUAAAAACGAACUUCAGGGCAUCAUCCAAGUAUCAUGGGCAGCGUGUGACUUUCAGCCGGUGGUGAGUUACUUUUUUUAGGUCCGCGAAAAUUGUGUUGAGAAGACACACAGUUUAUCAAGAAUUUCGAUAACUUUAUUCAUCGAGGUCAGAGAAAAAUAACAGGCCCGGAGUUUCUAUAAUUUGCCAUUUACCAUUCUCAAACUCUCUAAUAAUUCAUGCUGGGAAAACAAAGGAAAUUACAACCGUGAGGGAGGUUUGGAUAUGUGAUCUUAAUUAUCAUAAACAUUGGGGAACUUUUGCUUUGAUUUUCUCCAAGAAUUAUUAAUGGUUGGAGAAGCUAUAUCAAACAUUCGAAAGGGUGUUUCAGCCGAUAUCUGAACACCUUGAAGUUGGUUAAAAAAACUCGGCUGCGCCUCGUUUUUUCAACCACUUCUCGGUGUUUAGAUAUCGGAUGAAACACUCUUCCUCGUGUUUGAUAUAUUACUUCAAAUUAAGUAAAUUGACGGGGUGUUAUCUGGCGUUUUUGUUCGUCUAAUGAUCACGGCUUCAAUUUUAAUGCAACGCAGAAAAAAAGGCAAGAGGACAAAAACUCACCGACACAAGCGAGCUUACAAACAAAUUACAGCGCUCUUUCUAAUUAAGAUAGAGUAUUUUUGACGGAUGUGUUGUGGCAACCAAGUAAAAAAGGCAAGAGGACAAAAACUCAUAGACAGAGGCGAGCUUGGAAACAAAUUACAGCGCUCUUUCUAAUUAAGAUAGAGUAUUUUUGACGGAUGUGUUUAGGCGUGACGUUUUAGAACUGAGAGCCCUAGCCGAUGCCACUUCCUGCUUAGACACGAAUGUUCAUUGAGCAUGAUAGGAAUCAAAAUAUAUGUAAAUGUAGUGCUAGAGUUGAGAAAAAAUGAUCGUGGUAAUUCAAAGACUUAUCAUUUAACCUAAUUGGACAGUAUUCACCAAAAUUGAACGACGCUGGCCUCUAUUGCAAUACAAUUUUCAAGAUAUUCAUAAACAUCAUCAUUAGCAGACCUUAUUUGAAGCAUUCAUCAGAAUUAUAAAUACAUUUGGGAUCCUGGGUAAGAUGAUAAACUACAUUCACUAGGGAUUCGGUAUCUGGUUUUAUUAUGGGUGAAAUAUAUCUUUCUGCAACGACAACUAAAAAUAGUUUUGACCGACGAGGACCACCAGACCCGUUUGUUAGCAGCUCUACACACUGUCUUUGCCUUGGUUCUGUCACAGAUCGUUUGAAUUUCACCCAAUCGCUAAUUCAAUUAAAAAACUUGCUACUGUUUAAGUUUUGUACCUCCUCCUUGAAAAGUAUGAAAGGCUCAGUUCCGCUCGAUCUGCAGGCUAACUGAAAGGGAAUCUGGCAGAAAUCACUGAACAUCAUUUCAUAGAAGCAGGAGUAUCUGCUUGUAUUAAAUGAUGCUCCGAAACCAUCAACAAAUCAUUCUUUACCCAAGAUGAUAAUAUCUUUUCCCUGAACGAAUCGAUCUAAAUUAACCUCUGCAAGGCUAAUUCAAGGGACUUCUGUAAUUUGCCUAACGACAAGAUUCACUCCGAGGAACAAACGGGCCCUAAACGUGGGAGUGGAAACUCUCGUUGAAGAAACACAAAUGGACUAAGAUCUUUAAAUCAAUAAAAAAACGUUUGUUAGGAAACUAAACUGAAAGAUUUUCAAUUUAAGUUCACUCAUAGAACGAUAGAAAUUAAGAAAGACCUGUUCAGAUUUGGUAUUAAAGCGGAUAAUGAGUGUUUAAACUGCGGAAAUAAAUAUUCAAUUGAGCACUCUUUUAUCGCAUGUAAGUUUAUUAAACUGUUUACCCAAAAGGUAUUGAACUUGUUCAACCACGUGAAUUCUUGCCAAAACUCUCCUACCAUUGGGGAGACCUUGUUCGGUAUUACUGCAAGCUCUUACAACACAACAAUAAUUCGAAAACUCACUGAACUACACCACCUUAUUCAUGCGCCAUUACAUUUAUUCAAGCAAGUCAAAUUUCCUGGCCAUCUCCCUUCAAGAGUUUAUUAGUAAGCUACUCUUUAAAUACAGUCUUGAAAAUUUGUCUUAAUUCAAUGUUUUAUCGAGAAUUACUCCUCUCUCCUUAAAGUAGCAUAUUUCCCAACCCCACCCCAUAGCGGAAGUCAUUGUCACAGUCCAUUCUUACUAUAACUUUCGCUCAGUUUCUGAUUUCAUGAAAUAGCACUAAAACAACCUUGAUGAGAAAUCUUAUUUCAAUGACACUACAGUGACAAUGAAUAUUAUCAAGGGAUGUGGGUCAUCUAUUACUUAGCGUUACCUUAAGCCCUUCAUAACAAAGUUUCAACUUGAGAUUAAAAAAAUCGUUGGCAAAAUUCGAAUUGUUUUUGGUACAGUUUUGAGAAUUGACAUUUGCGGUUUUCUUUAUCUGUUUCGUUGUUCUUUUCUGGCAUUCUUGGCUGUAGUUUUGAUCCUGAAAGAACAACACUUGGCAAAGAUGAGAAGAGGAUCAAACAUAUUCUUACUUUACCUGUUAAUGACAGUGGCACAGAGGAUAUUUAUUCCCAAUUGACAGACGUCGUGAGUUUCAUUGGUAAGAACUUGAGAUAGGUUGUAGUACAGUAUUUCUUACAGCAUGUUACUGACUUAUGGUCGGAAGUAACUUAACACAGCUUUGAACUUGCCGGAUACGCAAUCCCCUUAUGGGUAUCAGUAAAAUAUCCGUCUGGCUAUGUGUCUCCCAGCGGAUUGUGAUUUUGAGACAAGGAACGUCUCGUAGAACGGGUUAGAUGGCUAUUCAGCGCUACAUGAUCACGGAGUAAAACGGGAAUGUUAUGGCACAUAUCAUUAGAAAUAACAGCUGCGGUUACAGCAAGGAAAUAAGAAAUAAGCCAUUUUACAAACAGCAAAUUUGAAACAGUUGCACUAUAACUUUUACCUCUAGAACGGGAUGUCAUAUUCAUUGCAAAAGUUCAAGGGUAAUUCCAAUUUGUAGAAUACGGCGGCAAUGCUUAUCCCCCUAUAAGGGACGUACUCCCUAUCUUGUUAUUUUGUUUAGAUGACCAUGACAACAAAGACGGAAGAACUGUUCUACUAACUUCAACCCUAGGCAUAAGUCGAAGUGCCACGGUAGCAAUAGCCUAUUACAUGUGGAAUAAAAAAGUUUCCUUAAAGGUGAGUAGUGAAGGAACCCAGAACACAGCUAUCAUGUCAUUAGGUAUCAUUAAGGGUACCUGAGAUCGCAUCCAAAGGGGCGGUGUGACAAGGAGACACAAGCAAAAAUGAGCGCAAUUGUUCAUCAUUCGUCUGCAGUAUUUCGUAAAAAGGGUUAGACUGGAGGCAGUCUGUUUUUCCUCUUGUCACGGAAGUAGCCAUGGGUAAGAAGGAGUUGGAUGGUGAAGAUGCUUGGGCGAGACAGGGACGAGAAAGGGUUUGUCUCGGGUUAGUUUUCAACGACCUGGAGAUUAACGGUCAGCUGCCCCAUUUAGGGCAGGAAGCCAAAUCCGCGUGCACUAAAAACUGAAAAAAUUAAUCAUGCUUGCCAUUAUGAAAGAGGUCUAUAUACGCUCACGAACAGAAGCAUUGGACCAUGUAUAACAAGCAGUUGAGUGCUGUAAUAGAUAUCGUGUAGAAAUCCACGCGUUCAAGAUAAGUUUACAAAAAAAUUAGGCUAUUUCUAUGACAAGCCAUCAUUGUCAGAGUUAGGUGCACCAAUUUGGUGAACUAUAUUUAUUGUUCACGUAAUCAGCAAGCUAAAAAUGUACUCUAAUUUUUACCUUUAGGAUGCUUACAACCAUCUGAAGAAAUGCAGAGAAAAUAUGCAGCCAACACGAGGAUUUAUUGAACAGCUGUCUCGUUGGGAAGAAAAGAUGUUUGGUUCUAAAGUCACAGACGUUACUGAACCCGAAUAUUAG